GAUGCAAGAAACACACAGUUAAUUUUGUUUUUUUUUUACUAGUAACUGCAAUAUCCAAUUCCAAUUCAGUAGUAAUCACAAUCCAAUUUUCUUCGCCGGCUCAGGCGGAGGUGUGCAUCCAACAACAACAAAAAAACACCACUCUUUUUCCUUCAUUCUCUCUCCUCAUUCCUCAAAUUCUUUCUCAUUUUGACGACAUUACUGCUUUACUUCCACGUAAAUCUAGCACCAAAACAAAAAAAAUCAACCACUGAAAAACAACUACAACACACACUAAAACAAACAAAAAAAAAUGGAUACCAAACGUACAGAAAGUCCGAUCUAUGCUCGUCGAUGGACUUCAGAGCCAAACAAUAUCACUUCAAAUUCUUCUCAUCUCUCUGGACGACCACACCAUGUGCGCACUUCAUCCGCUGCUACCAUCGAUUCUCCGACUGCAUCGCCGACGCGCGGUCACCAUGCGCGCACUACGUCUGCUACUACUGGAAUGUCGAGUGUUAAGCGCACUCAAAACUUCGCUGCUAGGGCUGCAGCGCAGCGUUUAGCGCAAGUUAUGGCUUCUCAAACUACCGACGAAGAUGAUGAUGAAGACGAUGAUGAUGAUACUGCUGAUAUGCGAUUUCCGGCACCGGCAUUGUCGAGGAAUAUCAUCAAUGGUGUUGGAAAGAAUGUGGUUUCUUCUAAUCGUAAAAGUAGCAGUACUAGAUCUUCUUCUCCUGCUUCAGCGAGGAAUUCAGUUGAUGAAAUGCCUCCGAUUCGAGCGAAAUCUAAUGGAAGAUCAGCUGUUUCUGUUCGAUCUGCGGCAGUACCGGCACUGGUUUCGCUAUCGAAUGCUACUGCAUUGAAAGGCCAAGCUUCUCUACCGCCGUUGGAUUCACCUUCUGUUGUUACAACAUUGAAAAGCCAAGCUUCUCUACCUCCUUUGGAUUCUCCUUCUUUUAGGUCUCAGAAAGAUAAUAGUAAACGAUACUUUACAGAUAUAGGACAAAGUAAUUUAAAAAUGACAGGACAUCAGCAAGAUUCUUCUGCGCUUCGAGAUGAAUUUGAUAUGCUACAAGAGGAGAACAACAGUGUGCUUGCCAAGCUUAGAGAAGAAGAAGAAAAAUAUAAGCAAGUAGACGCUAGAAUUAAAGAGCUUGAAAAACAGGUUGCUUCGCUUGGGGACGGAGUAUCUCUAGAAGCUAAAUUGUUGAGCAGGUACCAUGCUGGUCCAAUUUUCAUGCGUGACCAGGCUGCACUAAGAGAUGAUAAGCAAUCAAAAGAUGCGAAUAAUAAGGGGAUAGAUAACCUUCGUUCCGAAGCCAAGAAUGCUAAACAUGAAGUUGAAGCUGCUGCAGUGCGGCUUCAGAGUGCUGAAACUGAAGUUAAAUCUCUUCAUUCAAUGACCGAAAGAAUGAUUCUGUCGCAGGAAGAGAUGGAAGAAGUAGUUCUUAAGAGAUGUUGGCUUGCACGUUACUGGGGGUUAGCUGCUCAGCUUGGUAUAUGUUCAGAUAUCGCUACAUCCAAGUAUGAACACUGGUCUUCAUUUGCUCCUCUUCCUUUUGAAGUAGUUAUUUCUGCUGGGCAAAAGGCUAAAGAAAAAAGCUGGGAAAAAGAUGGUGAAGACUCUGAGAGUAAAAACAAACUUAACCAAGACUUGAAUGAUUUUACUGGAGAGGGAAACAUAGAGAAUAUGCUUUCAGUUGAAAUGGGCUUAAAGGAGCUUGCAUCGUUGAAGGUGGAGGAUUCCAUUGCGUAUGCAUUCGCCCAGCAACGCCGGCCAAAUUCUUCUAGAUUAUCUAACUCAGAUUUUAAAUCUCCAGGAGAUGCGAAGUAUAUGGAAGCUUUCGAGCUAACUCCAGAGGAGUCUGAAGAUGUUCUUUUCAAAGAGGCAUGGCUAACUUACUUUUGGAGAAGAGCUCUAAACGUGGGUAUAGAGAAGGAUACUGCCAAAGAAAGGCUUCAAUUUUGGAUUGGCCGAAGCAGACAUUCACCAACUUCACAUGAUGCAGUUGAUGUUGAUCAAGGUUUAACGGAGCUGAGGAAAUUAGGGAUUGAACGUCGACUCUGGGAAGCAUCUCGCAGAGAAAAUGAUGUAUGAUGCAUGCCACUGCAUAAGUUACACGUAUUUUCUACUACCACCCGAGAUCUCUGUAUUUGCUUUUGCUAUCUUAUAGAGUUUGUGUAAUUCAGCUCCUAUAGAUGUAGUUAUGUACAUAGCUUAAUUUUGUCCUGUCUGCUGGGUCAUCCCUGUUCUGUUCUUGGGAUUCUGGCAUUCUACAUGUUAUAUACUUGUACUUACCUUUUACUAGACCCAACAUUUCUACCUCGAAUGUAAUACAUAGUUUCCAGCAAGUGCAAAAUCUGAGUUAAGAAACCCCAAUCAUUUUGUUCUUGAGACCAAAGCUGUUCGUGUUAAGCCCUCAGAUCAAAGGAAUGAAGCUUAGGAAGCAGUUCCGCACACGAGAUGAAGGGGCCUAAGUUAAAUGUGGCUUCACAGAAGAAAAAAAAGGGAGCUGGAAACACUCCUUGAGGAUAUUUUUUGUUUAGGGACGUUGCAAAGACUUCUCUUUUCUCAGAAUCACAUUAUACUAGCCAAUCGCCAGAGCAGAGUACUGGUCCUGGAGCUUCUCUAAGUAGUGACUGUCGGCACUCGAGUCUUCUAGUUGUGGAUCUCACAUAAGUAGACGGGUGAGUGAUGUUUCUUAAAGAGAUGAAGUAGGUACUGUGUUUCUUAAUUGGAUUGUGCAAUGAUGACUUUU